AUGACCGACAGCUCCUCGUCGCCAUCCAACAGCUGGCCCCUGGAUCAGUUUGUCCAGGAUCCAGGAUACCUCGCAUACCAGGAGGAGCUGCGAUGCCUCAUCUUCAACACUGCCCAGACAGCUGCGCCUUCUCGCGAGUCAUCCCCUGCCCCAGGGGAAUAUGGCCCACCCGAUGAAGAGUUUGUGGCCCAGGCUCAGACAAAGGCCGCCCUCUCGUCUGGACGACGGUUAGAGUAUCUGAAAAAUUAUGUUGCUCAAGUAGCUCCCUGGCUCGACAUGUUUGACAGCAACAGAGCUUUCACUGUCCAGGUCCCGGUUCUCGCUCGCCGGUGCCCGGCUCUGCUCUACGCAAUCCUCGCCUUGUCUGCGCGUCAGAUGGAGCGAAAGGAGGCAAAGCAGCAUUCUUUUGACAGCCUUGAGCUGUACCAGGAGGCUAUUCGUCUUCUCAACCCUCUGCUCCAAGCCCGAGACCUGACCAUCAUCCCAAUUUGCGUCAUUCUCUGUUGUCUGGAAAUGAUGUCCGCAAGCCCCCAGGAUUGGCGCCGGCAUCUCGAGGGCUGUGCGGCCCUAUUCGACGCGUUUGGUGUCAAUGGUUUCAGUGGUGGACUCUUACAGGCCGUAUUCUGGUGUUACGCAAGAAUGGACCUUUGCGGUGCUCUAAUCUCCGACGGAACACAAGGCACCUUGGUCCCUCUGGACAAAUGGCUCCCCCCUGGCGCAAAUCCAGACUCAGCUGCCGACAUCUUCCGGGACCACCGCUCGCCAGACAUGCACGCCAAUUACGCAGUCUACCUAUGCUCCAAAGUCACAGAGCUCGUUGCUGACAGAACUCACUACGUUGAGCUUGGUGAGGACAACGGCUGUGAUUCGGCCACCUUUGAGAGACGUUGGUUGCGGCUCUGGAACGACCUGCAGACCUGGGUGCAGGAUCGGCCCUCAGAGGUCGUUCCGGUUCAAUUCAUCGAAAGCCGCCCGUUUCCCCAGAUUCUUUUUGUCCACUGGGCAGGAAUUUCCUCCAACCAGCUCUACCACACUGCCUGCACCCUCCUCCUGGGCUCGAAACCGCGGGAAGUCAAACUUGAUGUGGGACCUACAGGAUCUGCCAUCUGGCAUGCCAAGUGCAUCUGCGGUAUCUCUUUAACCAAUCCGCACCAGGGGUGCCUCAACAAUGCCAUCCAACCCCUGUGGAUUGCUGGCCGGCUUCUCAGCCACAAGUCAGAGCAUCUUCUUCUCUCCAAGCUUAUCCAAAGCAUAGAGGCAAUGACUGGCUGGGCAACUUGUUGGCGCAUCGCAGAUCUCGAAAAUUCCUGGGGAUACAAAGUUCGAUGA